AAGUGAAACAGCAUCUUGAAUCUUAAACUAAGCCACAAUUUCAAAGCAAAAUAAAUCCAGACUAAAGCGCAACUUUGUUUUGACUACCGUUCGAACUGCCAGGAGAUUACUUAUUGGUGGAAUCGGUGGUCAAUGCGGAGGGAAAAUGCACAAGCAGAAGAUGUCCCAAGAUGCGUUUCAUACGCGGCCAAAGGAAGUCGGUGCAGUUGGUCUGCAAUCAAUAUGCCUAUGCCAAGAACAAGCAGCAUGGCUCGAUGACCUAUUGGAACUGUCGCAUUCGCCGAUCGGGUUUGCCCAACUGCAAUGCACGAAUCUCCACAAAGCGAUUGACAAAUGGCAAAUACAAAGUGUGGCUAACGCGACCCGAGCACAAUCAUCCGCCCUCGAAGCGCAUAGCACGCAUGCUCAAAGAUUCCCUUGUCACCUAGAGACAGUAUUUUUAGCGUUUAAGUGAUAAAAUAUAUGGACGCCUUUUUUUAAGCGUAACACACAUGAAAACUGACUUUUUGCUCUA